GAGGAAGUUAUGCUAAUCUACACAAUUCCAGUCCUUUGAUUCCCCACAACAAAAAUAGCCCUACUUAAGAUGCCUUCAAGAAUUCACGUCAAGUUUGUUACAGAGCGCAAGAAAUAUUUGGAAGAACAGAUACAAGUUUUGGAACCUGUUUUGGGAAAUAUGAAAAAUGUUGUUGCAAAAAGUAAGGCGUGGCUAGAAGAAAAAACUGACCAAUCAUCUGUCAGCUACAUCGAGCUAUCACAAGAACUGGACACAGCAGCCACGGCCUUGUUGGAUGUGACGUCACAUAUUUUAGACGAGGACAACAUGCAUGUCAACAAACCAACGCCAUCUUUACCACAGUCUGAAACACAGACAACAGCAACAUUUCUAACAGGAGAAUCAACAAGACAACUCAAGACACAAGUUCAACACACAGCUGUUGAAGAACAUCCUGACCUAGAGCGUAGACUCGCCUUUAUUGAAACAACACUAUCUUCGCUACAGGACAAACAACAUAAGUCUACAGAUGACAUAUCAGAAAUAAAACAAUGGAGAGACAACUUUGUAACAGAACAUUGUGACAUGGGGGUAAGCAUUGAACAACUGACUAAAAAACAAAAGCAGAAUUUUAAAAACCUCAGAAAACAAAUGAGUGAACAAGAUAACAAAACAAAAGAGCUGAACAAAGAAAUUGAAAGUUUAAAAGAAAAAGAAUCAAAUUCAAACAAAACACUAGAGAAAAUGUCUCUAUAUAUGAAAGAAUACGAAAACAACUUACACAAAAUAAAUAAAGAGAUGCAAGAUUACGCAGACAAAAUAGACAGUAUAACACAGGAAAUUAAAAGACAUUCGGAUCUGAUGGCUGCCCUACAAGAGGAGUGUGAUAAAAUCUUGUGUAAUACAUCAACUCAAUUAGAAAAGCAAAAUGUAUUGCACAAACUCCUACAACAGAGAUUGAUGCCCAUUGACAAACUGAUUCAAAUCUUUAACCAGAAGUUGGAAACUAGGGUAGAAAGAAUUACAAAGCUUGAAACUAUUGAAGCUACUAUGUCAGUGUUGUCCAAAGAUUUUAAUCUAUUAGAGGCACGCGUCUGUAACAUAUUUGCUUGUCAUGUGACGCUUGAUUCCACACCUGUCAGUGAUGGAUUAAUUAUUUCAAGAUUUAAAGAAGUACGUGAAUACAACGGUCAACAUUUUAAUCAAACAACAGGAACAUUUGUAUCCCCACAUGAUGGUUUAUAUCUUGUCUGUGUCACUCUAAAUGAAAGUGAAGAUAAACGGAUUGUAGUUGGAGUUAGGACUGAAAGCAGGUGGUUUAAGUUUAUAGAAGUGAAAUGUGCCGACACAAGCGCUGCUGGGUCAGUGGUUGUUGACUUGAAGAAAGGUCAAGAACUUUAUUUUGAAGUGUAUCUCGCAGAACAAGGCGCAAAGUUAUCCAGCUUCAGUAGUUUUACUAUCGUUAGUUUAUAGAGUUACAACACAAAACAUGGUGGAUGGUAAAUUCUCAAAACAAUAAAACAUGUAACCAACUUAUUAAACACACGCUAACAACUUAUUAUGUGUAUAGACUACAUGUUUACAUAAACUUUAAUGGUUUAUAUGUUAUUUGUUUAGUCAUUAUUACACAGCUCCAUCUAAUUC